CGCACUUUAUGUGCAGUUAAACUGUAUGUUAUCAUUCAGAGUUUUACUAAAUGUUCUAUGUUUGUGUAAAUAAUCCAAUUUUUAGUUGAAUGUGGUUUCAUUUUACGGUUUUGAAAAUUGUUAAGGAUUUUAAAGAAGUAGGCGGAAGUUACGACCGAGGCGCCUCAAUGCCUCACAUGGACGCACGUGGACUACCGGCAACAGCACGUGGACGACGGCUGUCGUCGUCCUCCGGCGUAUUUUAUUAUUUUGCGCUUCUAAUAUCCUCGUCUCGGGUACAGGAGCGGAACCAAAGAAUUCAUUCCUCCUCUCAGAAAACUUCCUUAACUAUUGUCAAGGAGAUUAAGGUUAUCUUGAAGGCGCGCCUUGAUCCGUUGGCUCGUGCCCAACGGUUAGCCAGACCGGGAUCGUCGGUUCUCUCAACCUGGUUUAGGUUGUUCGGGUAAGGUCUCUAUCUCCUUUUUUCCUUCCUCUCUUCCUCUUUCUUUUGGGGCCUGCGUGCCUGUGUUGGGCUUUUGCCUUGUUCUGUUCAGGCCUGUGUGCCUUUUUAGCCUUUUGGCAUUGUAUGUUCUCUUUUAAAGGAAAUUU